UUCAAAUAAUGUCAAAAACUGAAAAACAAACAUGGGGAUAUGAGGUUUUGUUCCAAAAGCAGUGAUAUAUUCAAUCAGCAGUUUGUCUCUAUAAUCAUUAUCAUUUUUGGGGAUUUGACUGUUGUCCAGUACAGUAUUGGGGAUUUAGCAAAUUCAUUCAUAUAAGGGUCUGGACAUAAGUGUAACAGUGUAUGCAAGUAUUUGCAAAUUGAGCUACAGAUAUCCAGUUUUAUUAAAAACCCAGUGAGAAAUAAAUGAGAACAUUUUGGAAACUGUGGUCACGGAAGGAUAAGCGGUUUAGAUGAUGGAUGGAUGGAUGGAUGGUCACGGAAUCUGUAUUCAAGCAUGGAAAAAAAACUGUGUGAAGAAAAGAAAAUUCAGUACUCACAGUGCUUGUUAGCAAUCAACUGUAAAAUCACCUGUUCCAAUAGUCUUUGAUCAGUUACCAUUGUGAAAAAAACAAAGUGAUGUCAGCGUAAAAACUUUCUUUUCGUAAAAACUUUUUCUUUUUUUUCGUAAAAAGUUCCUUGUACACUGUUUCAUUCACUGACAUGAUUCUUUCCUGAAAAACUGAGAAAGGGAAAACAGGUAUAAUGCAUUAUAUUGCACCUGCAGUAGGUAAAUUACAGAGGCCUGCUGGCAACAUCCCAUAUAAAUAAAAAUAAUGCUUAAUUAUCUUGUUCCCACACCUUACUAAGUUGUGCUCAUGCAUCAUUUUUAUUUCUAUAGGAUGUCACCAGCAGGGCUCUGUACUAAAUAGCUAAAUCACUGAAGCUAAGCCGAACCAAGUCGUAGUGCAGAAACAGAAGAAUUCCUACACACAUCGAAGGGUAAAACACUGACCUGGUCAGUAAUUCAUCCCUGGCUCCCCCACUGAUUCUGCCCUGCUGCCUACACAGCGGAAGGUGUAUAACUAAUGUUGGAUUGUCUGUGAAUGUACACUGAUCAGCCAUAACAUUAUGACCUGUUUCUACACUCAUUGUCCAUUUGAUCUGCUCCGCUGACCAUAUAGCAGCACUUUGUAAUUCUACAGUUACAGACCGUAGUCCAUCUGUUUCUCUACAUACUCUGUUGGUGAUAUCAGAUCUCAGUUGGAUAUUCGCUAUAGAUUUGCACUUAGACUGCACUUUAACAUUCUAGAGAACCUAAAUUUGACUGUCUCUUCAGUUAUAAAAGGAGAAACAGAGGAGAAAAACAGUUUGAUACAGUUCGGGGAGAAAGAGAGAGUGACAAAAAGAGGAAGUGAGAGAGGAAGAGAGCAGAUAGAGGGAGAGAGAGUGCGGUGUUUAAAGGGCGUGAAAAGUGGGAGUGCUGAGGGCUUUCAGAUGGAAGUAUUUUGUGUGUGUGUGUGUGUGUGUGUGUAUGUGUGUGUGUUUUGUAGCUCAUUUACAUAUAUGAGUCUUAAAGACACAGUAACAAAAGCAGCCUGUUUAGUUCUAAGGGAUAAAGAGAGAUAUACAAAUGAAUUAUGACUGUUUCAGUACAUACACUUACACAAACAUCAUUAGAAAGUACGAGCCCUCUUUAAACAAUUACAUUUUGUUAAAGAAAGGAAAGUAAGAAAGGGCAGGCAGAGGACCAAAAAAACUUGUGACAAACGGAGAGCGGCAGAGAGGAAGUAGGACCAUUUAUUUGGUGGUGCAAAAUCAUCUAAAGAACCUGAAUAACAAUGAGGCUCAUAAAUCCAGAAACUGUGAACUUUCUACUCAUUGUCAUCCUCCAGAGUGUCCCAGGUAAGAGCUUAAUGUGCUUAUGGGGGUCUACUGCAGAUGCCUGUGUUUGAUUUUGGUUGUUUCACCCUUUUUACAUAGAGCACUGAAAUGGAUAGUUUACACUUCUCAUGAAGUCAUGUGAUCUGUAGGUGCCUUUUUAAGUGAAAAGAAAACGAUCUACCAAAACUAAAAAGCUUUGAUUUUUGCCAUAAACUCAUUUUGAAACAAGCAAACAAAUGCAUCAAAUUAGACUUCACACUUAAAGGAAGGGUUGAACAAUUUUUAGUUUGUUUGUUUUUGUGCACUGGAGCUACAGAAAAAAUAAAUGAAUUAAAAUAGAGUGACUUAGACUUCUAUUAUAUUAGACCUGUAGCUCCAGCAAAAUAUCUGCAACUCUGCCCAAAUUAUUCUUGCUUCAUUCUGACACAUUUAAUUUGAUAUUUUAACCAACAUAAGACCUUUUGUGUCACACCCAGAGUGGUUUAAAGAAUAAGGCUAAGACCUAACAAGUUAUCGUAGUGACCCAAAGUCUUUUUGGAUAACAUAGGCUUCUAUUUUAUUAGCUUGUAACUCCAGUCCAAAAUAAAUCCAUGCCUUGAGUAAACAACAACAUUUGGGGUCAUCAGUAAUUUGUGUAAAUUUGAUUUUUCUGUGAACCUUGUUUAGUCCAGGCCUGCCCUGAUCAUGAAAGUUUAGCUGAUGAAUAAUUUCUAUUACAUGAUUAACAAAAUAAUUCAGUUCUUCUUUUUUGUUCAUUGAAUGCAACUAUUAAAGUGUAAGCUUAAAGUUGCCAAACUGGCUGAUUAGCUAUUUUGCUUCUUAGCUGUCGAUACUUACAAUGAAAACAGCUCAAGCUCAAAUAAAGAAACAUUACUCGCUGCUGCCCUCUAGUGUUAUAGCACCAGAGGUUUGAACUGUUGUUAAUUCUUUAAGACCCAGGAUGCGUUUUGAUAAAUGCACUUUCUUUUAUUUACAUGUAUUUCCCUGAACCCAACAGAUGAAAACAUAUGCAACUUCCAUUUUCUUUAUGAUGUAAACAUAUGAUUGUGGUUAUGUAGUAAUUGUGACAGGCCUAGUUUAGUUGUCCGUUAAAGUGUUGAUGUUGGCAUCUACAAGAGGUAUCGUGUUGUUUAGGUUACAGUAUAUGGCCAAAAGUAUGUGGACAGUUGACGUGUAUGUGUGCAAUGAUGUUAUGUUAGCACUAGUACAAAAAGAUGUUGUGGCACUUCACAGGUCUCAGAGGAGGCCUGUGCCAGUUUUGCCCUCCUAUUACUGGUAUUAUUGUUUGAUUGGGGGAGUCCUAACUAGUGACUGGAAUUUGACAGGUUUAAUUUGGGAAAAGUGGUAAACAAAAAAAAUUCACAUUUGUCAUAUUGUGGUUAGUGGGCUUGAGGUUAGGGUUCUGUUCAGGACACUGGAUCUUCUCCACACCAACCUCAUCAAACCAUCAUGAACUCCAUCAUGCUGAAACAGGAAAGGGCAUGAUCUGUUGUUUCUCCUACACAAUUCCAUUUCACAAUAAUAGCACUUAAGUUGACUAGGGCAGAUCUAGUAGUGCAGAAGUUUCACUGACUUGUGGCGGCCUAUGACAGUGCCACGUUAAACGUCACUGAGUUCUUCAUUGUGACCCACUGCAUGGCUAAGUGCUCAAUUUUAUAUACCUGUUAGCAAUGGGUGUGGCUGAAACACAAAGUCAAUAAUUAGAGGGGUGUCCACAUACUUUUGGCCAUAUAAUGUAAUUUGCUUCAAGAACAAGCAAAUUGCUGUGUUUUUGGGUUCACCUCCAUGUACGGGUAAGAUGUGAGACUGAAGAGCUAAAUUACACAGCAUAUGAAGGAGGACAAGUCAGGAUCAGAUGACAGAGGCUGGACAGAGCAGGAAAUUCUUGCUGCAUGACAACACGUCAGCCCAUAUCUUCACUCUCACCAUCACUCAUCUGGAACUGGAGGAUAAAGGCACAUACUGGUGUGUAAGAAGGGGCAACUCGUCUUCUGACAUUUACAGGACAAAGAUCCACCUAGAUAUUAAACCUGAGUUGACUUGUGAAUUGGGUCAAAAUGUAUCUAUUCAAUGCCACUAUAACCAGGAACUCAGGAGUUCAGUAAAGUUCCUCUGCAAGGAACUGAACUCAUCUGACUGUGCAGAGGGAGGAGUCAAAAUUACUUCAGCCGAUCCUCAAACUGACCGAGUGUCUCUGAGUGAUGAUGCUUCUGCUGGAGUCUUUACUGUGACCAUUGCUGGUCUGAAAGAGGAGGAUUCUGGGACGUACUGGUGUGGGGGUUCGACAGGGUUGGAGCAUGUGCUCAUUUCUUCUGUGGAUCUUGACAUUUUUCAAGAUGCAGAAUCAUCACAUGACUCCAGCACACCAAUGAAACCAAAGAAGGUCACAACAAAGACCCAAUUAGACAACACAACUAAUUCUGUGACUUCUGUUGUGUUGAUUUUACCACCACCUUCAUCAGAGUCAGGCAACUUCGUGCUCAGUAUUUCCUCUGUGGCAGUGGGCAUUCUGCUGUUUGGUGUCAUACUCUACUCAUUUCUCAGAUGGACACGAAAGAAACGUGAUCGUGGCUCCUCAGCUGAAGUUAAAGAGGGAGAUAACACAAGGCUCCCUCCUCCUGCUGCAGACUACGAGGAGAUUAAAGACAUCAAAGAUCAUCCAGACACUCACAAUAAAGCAUCCACUGUUUACGCGACUGCUGAAUUACCCACAGACCCAUUAGAUUCACCCACAGACCCAUUAGAUUCUCCUACAGACCAUACUGAUGGUCAUGACUAUGCUAUGGUGACCCUCCAUCCAAAUCCAAACAGUACAGAUCAGACUGACAGUCUUGACUACUCCACAGUGACCUUCCAGCCAAACAGCUCCGAUGAGGUUCAUGCUUCAGAGGAGAUGUGCACUUACUCCACUGUCAGUCACUCUCAAUCAGAGUAAAUAGAUGGAGAGCCAUGGGAGCGUCAGAUGUCAUGUAAAGUCAUGGUUAUUAUAUGGAGGGUGCUGUUGGUAAAGUGUGCACAGGAGAUAUUUGAGUUUAGCUGUGACUGUUUUUGUCAUCUGUCUGUUUAAUCAUUUUUUGAGACUUGUUUUAUGUUUACUUUUAUGAAUAUUUUAAAUUGACAUUGUUUUCACCUUUAUUUUAAUAAUAUUAAUAAUUAUAAAUUAUUGAUCUUGAGAGUCAUGUUCAGCUUUUAGGGCUGUCAAAGGCCUAAUGAGUUAAUUCAGUUCU